AUGCUACCAGCGAUUCGCGAUGCUUCUGGAAGGUUUCCAGUGACGGCGUCAGGGCCACGGUUCCUUGAUCUGGUCAAGUGGUGGCUCACGGCCAAAGAAGAGACCGGGCCACGUGUGCCGAAAGACGCCGCGGAACUCGAUCGAAGUCUGCCAGUGUUGACACCAGAUUUCACGGUUCCAAUUGACGCAGGUCAUGCGCGCCUGACGUGGCUAGGACAUGCGUCCGUGCUGCUGGAAGUUCCCGUGCCUGGCCGCGACCGACCCUUCGUCAUACUCACCGAUCCAGUCUUCACCGACCGGUGUAGUCCGUCGCAGUACUUUGGCCCAAAGCGCUACCGUCCUGCUCCUGUACCGGUCGCGAACCUACCUCCUGUGGACAUCGUGCUCAUCAGCCAUAACCACUACGAUCACUUGGAAGAGGUGACUCUGGCCCAGCUAUAUGCCGUCCAGCCCAACAUUUCGUACUUUACCCCGGUCGGGAAUGCCAAGUGGAUUGCCAGCGCGGGGGUUCCACUCGCCAACAUCCACGAGCAAAAUUGGUGGGACGUGUCUCCAGCGACCACAGAGACCGAAACCUUGCCCUUUGAAGUCGGAUGUGUACCUGCCAACCACUGGAGCAAACGGGGAUUCUUCGACCGAAACAUGGCCCUCUGGGGUGGGUUUGUUGUCCGUGGGUUGGGUGGAUCGUUCUACUUUGCAGGAGACACUGCGACGGGGUCGAUCUUCCAAGCCAUCGGACAUCGGUACGGCGAUCAAAGCGUGUCGGCCAUUCCAAUUGGCGCGUACUCCCCUCGGCAUCUCUUUCGAGACCACCAUUGCGACGUGGCGGAAGCGAUUCAAAUUCACCACCACGUCAAAAGCCGCGCGUCGAUCGGGGUGCACUGGGGCACGUGGGUCCUCACCGGCGAGUACUACUUGGAGCCCAAGCAGGAACUCCAUGCCCAAAUGGCCGCGACGGACCGCCCGGACGCAUUCACGACCGUCGACCAUGGACAAUCGAAACUCGUCCAGUGGGUGUUGGAUGAUGCAUGCACUUCCUAG